CCAGAAGCUUGUGCAUUGUUUCUGUUUCAGCACGGGAGUGUAAGUGUGUUGCUCCUUCAUAUCAGAGCUGCGUUAGUUAGCUUACUUCAUGAAGAGUACAUUUUAGAAAUGCUAGUUUUGUGUUGAGACACAUUUGAAUAUCUUUUUUUUUUUUUUUUUAAUGCCACAGUUCGCACUUUGUCGACUGUUUUGUAAGUUAGAAAGCUUCUGGGUUUUUCAAGACUGAGUGUUAACAAUGGCUCUGAAACUUUUUCGGACGUGCAGACAUGUAUCAUCCGCCUUUUCUCCGAGUCAAAUCUUUGGACCGUCAGUAAAAGCGAGUUUGGUGGCAGUAAAGUCCUUCAGCACAGCAACGGGAGGUGAAGACACAGGAAAAGCUGCAGGACAGACUGUGGUCUCAGAACGAAGGGGGUCCGUGGUUACCGUGGCGAUAAACCGCCCCGAGGUGCGUAAUGCGGUGAACCAGGAGACGGCGAGGCGUCUGCUGGAGGAGCUGGAGGCCUUUGACAGUGACCCAGACUUGAACGUGGCUGUCCUGCAUGGGAAAGGAGGGAAUUUCUGCGCUGGUUAUGAUCUGAAAGAGCUGGCCAAUCACACAGCCUCCCUCAAAUUGGAGCAAGAUGUCACCAAGGGUCCCGGACCGAUGGGUCCGUCCCGUUUGGAGCUGUCCAAACCACUGAUAGCAGCAGUCAGUGGCUUUGCUGUGGCUGGAGGGCUGGAACUGGCCUUGCUGGCAGAUCUGAGAGUGGUGGAGGAGAGCGCCGUCAUGGGGGUGUUCUGUCGCAGGUUUGGAGUUCCCCUGAUCGAUGGAGGCACUGUGCGGCUCCCGCGUCUCAUUGGUUUAUCAAGAGCCUUAGACCUGAUUCUGACUGGACGGCCAAUCGGAGCACAGGAAGCUCUUGCUUAUGGACUGGCUAACAGAGUUGUUCCUGAUGGCCAAGCUUUACAGGCGGCCCUGCAGUUAGCAGAGCAGAUCAGCUCCUUCCCUCAGCAGUGUCUGCGGGCCGACCGCUCCUCAGCCAUCUACAGCUGCUACGACGCUCCCUCCUUCACACAGGCCAUGCAGUAUGAGAUCGACCACGGAGUACCUGUCAUCCAAUCAGAAGCUGUCACCGGGGCAACCAGCUUCACCGCCGGAGCAGGGCGAGGAGGGAAAUUCUCCUAGGAUUUAGUUUGUGAAGUGGUGUUUUCAGGUGAUCUAACACGCUGCUGCAUCCAUGUUCAAAGUCCACAGAUCUUUGAGGAAUAAACUGAGAUCAGUUACAUCUCUAAAGAUAUAACUCUCUUAUUUCAACAGUAGAAAAACAAACUAGGUUAAUUUAUGAGAUGUUUUAGAAUUUGAACUAUCACCUCUAAUGGGUUGGGUUGAUUUAGUAUAUUUGAUAAUGCCAGCUUGUCAAUAAAACCAGCUGUCCAUCUGUACUUCAUCUUGAGAGGCAGCUGAUAAAGGCUAGCAUUAGAUUUUUAGUAGCUAUCAUUUGUAAGUAAUAUAACUGCAAACAAGAUGCAGAAUAGAUGGUCAGUGCAUUCACUUCAUUCAGCUUGUAUUAUUUGAAUUUAAGUAACGUUCAAAAAUAAAUAAUGCUUAUUGAUUGUA